AUGCAAGUGUUUGAAAAGGUGGAGAUUGUUAGAGCAUUUUUGUACCUCACAAAUUGGAUGUUACCUUUAAUUGUUAAACAUCUCAUUUCAGUACGAGGAUGUCGUCCUGGGAAGAUUGUUCAGAUGACCGAAGCAGAAGUUCGGGGCUUGUGCAUAAAAUCACGGGAAAUAUUUCUUAGCCAGCCUAUUCUCCUGGAACUAGAGGCACCUCUGAAAAUUUGUGGUGAUAUUCAUGGUCAGUAUACAGACUUGCUUCGAUUAUUUGAAUAUGGAGGAUUCCCACCAGAAGCUAAUUAUCUUUUCCUUGGAGAUUAUGUAGACAGAGGCAAACAGUCUCUGGAAACAAUUUGCCUAUUACUGGCAUAUAAAAUCAAGUACCCGGAAAACUUCUUUCUCUUAAGAGGAAAUCAUGAGUGUGCUAGCAUCAACCGGAUCUAUGGAUUCUAUGAUGAAUGCAAGCGGAGAUUUAACAUUAAGCUGUGGAAGACCUUCACAGAUUGUUUUAACUGCCUGCCUAUUGCAGCCAUUGUGGAUGAGAAGAUCUUCUGUUGUCAUGGAGGACUGUCUCCAGAUCUCCAGUCAAUGGAGCAGAUUCGGAGAAUUAUGAGACCUACAGAUGUCCCUGACACAGGCUUGCUGUGUGACCUGCUGUGGUCUGACCCAGACAAAGAUGUACAAGGUUGGGGUGAAAAUGAUCGUGGGGUCUCUUUCACUUUUGGUGCUGAUGUGGUCAGUAAAUUUCUGAAUCGUCAUGAUCUGGAUUUGAUCUGUCGAGCUCACCAGGUGGUUGAAGAUGGAUAUGAAUUCUUUGCUAAACGGCAGUUGGUCACCCUAUUCUCAGCUCCAAAUUAUUGUGGAGAGUUUGACAAUGCAGGGGGCAUGAUGAGUGUGGAUGAAACUCUGAUGUGUUCCUUUCAGAUAUUGAAACCAUCUGAAAAGAAAGCCAAGUACCAGUAUGGUGGACUGAAUUCUGGUCGUCCAGUCACUCCACCUCGCACAGCUAAUCCACCGAAGAAGAGGUGAAGAAAGGAAUAAUGUAGAAACACCAUCAGAUCUGUCAAGGACAAAACUCCAUAUUACAGUAUAUAAUAAGUGUGCACUGUAAAACCAUCCAGCCAUUUGACACCCUUUAUGAUGUCACACGUUUAACUUAAAGAGACGGGUAAAGGAUCUUUAUUAAUUUUUUCUAGUAGAAAGAUGUGCGACACUGUAUUGUAACAAGUAUAGCUCCAAGUUCUAAUAUCCAGCAUAGAGUAAAAAAAAACUAUUAGGAAAAAAAACUAUUGCAACUACAUAUUCACAUUUACCACGGUUUUUAAAGUUGACCAACAUCCCAGUUAAAACUUGAUGUAAUAGUUAAGCCAGAUGAGAGCAUGAUGUUCCAUUUGUGUAAAGUGGUCUUAUUGUUGCUUGAUUGCUUUUACUUUGGUUAUUUUGUAGCUAGAAUGAUGCAAAUAUGGUAUCUAGUCUUACUUCCUGGCUCUCUCUUUGAAAUUGAAAUAAGGAAGGGGCUUUUUAGAACAGCCAUUGAUAUCUUAUCCUCCCCCUAGCCCCCCACCCCAUUGUUCAUAAUAAUGCCGCCCAAAUGUGUGCCCCAUUCUAAUGCAAAGUUUAUCGUAUUGUAGUGAUUAAAAGGCAAACUAAGUCCAAAAUGCCCAGACUGGACAGCUUGACAGCCAACAUAAAUUGGGACAGAAAAAACCUGUCUUGAUUUUCUUUUAACCUAAACUGCCACACCAUGAAUUUGUGCACUACACUGUUUUAAAUUAUUGACAUUACACUGUGCAGUGGCACUUCAUUUAACUUAAAUAGGACAAAAAUGGUGUUGCCUAUUAGUUGGUAACUUGAUUAUGUGGUACCUUGGCUUUAGUUUUAUUAGCAUGAAACACCUUUGGCAUGCUUAGCUUCCAGGUAACUCCCCUACCUGCAUCAAAAUUCAUCUUACAUAGUUCCACAGAACAUGAAGAUCCUUAUUUGCUAAGCCUUUGAAAGCUGACAUUCUUUUUCAUAAGAGGGUGUGUUUAAAUGGAUGUUCAUCAACAGACAAUAGGCUAGCUGAAGGGUGGUGAGCUAAAAGCGCUACAGGAAUGUCCAACAUGAUUAUAAGGCUUAUGUCACGAAAGAUUAUCCUUUGGAUUUUCAUGAUCAAAUUUCACAUACUAUUGUAUAGACUUCUGCUUUGUAGUGUACUAUAGUAGCAAUAAUUUCUGUACAUGAUCAAGAGUUAUGCAGUAUUUCUUUUCAGUUCUCUCCUUUCUUAAAAGAGUUAACAUUGGCAAAGGGCAAGAUACAGAGAGGAUAUAAAAUUUAUAGUAAGAUAAAUGAAAGGCACAGAUUUGUGAUGCUUUAGGAUGCAAUACUUAAGGGAUAUAACUACAAAAGCUUUUAUUGAAUAUUGUCAAAUUUGUAAGAUUCUUUGGGGGAAGGCUUCAGAUUUAUACCAUUCUAAAUGUGCAUCAGUAGAUGUAAAACUCUUGACUUUAGUAUUGUCUUUGAAAAUGUUAAAUUGAGGAUUCUGGUAACUUACGUUUUAUGAACUGGCACAUUAUAUAAUGCAAGAGAUAUAUUGAUUUCUGACACAGUGAGCAAGUUCUUUAAAAUUGAUUUAAGUCUCUUUUCUAAUUCCAUUUUGUUUUAAAUGCAUAUUUUAAAUGUAGGUUUUUUCAUUUAGUAAAAGUUGUCUAAUUCAUUUGAA